CGGCCGCAGCCUGGCGGGUGAGAUGUGGAGUGCGGGCCGGGGCUGGGCUGCCGGGUUGGCCCUGCUCGGGCUGGUGCUGGCCCUCGUGGUGCGGGGCAGCAGCGGCGCCCAGACCGGCACGGGGCUCGUGACUUGCGGGUCAGUGCUGAAGCUGCUCAAUACGCACCACCGGGUGCGGCUGCACUCGCACGACAUCAAAUACGGAUCCGGCAGCGGGCAGCAGUCGGUGACAGGCGUGGAGGCGUCGGACGACGCCAACAGCUACUGGAGGAUCCGGGGCAGCCCGGAGGGUGGGUGCCCGCGCGGGGCCCCGGUGCGCUGUGGGCAGGUGGUGAGACUCACGCACGUUCUCACUGGCAAGAACCUGCAUACCCACCACUUCGCGUCGCCGCUGUCCAACAACCAGGAGGUGAGCGCGUUUGGGGAAGACGGCGAGGGUGAUGACCUGGACCUGUGGACAGUGCGCUGCUCGGGGCAGCACUGGGAACGAGAGGCUUCCGUGCGCUUCCAGCAUGUGGGCACGUCGGUGUUCCUGUCGGUCACAGGGGAGCAGUACGGGAGCCCUAUCCGAGGGCAGCAGGAGGUGCAUGGCAUGACCAGCGCCAACGCGCACAACACCUGGAAGGCCAUGGAAGGCAUCUUCAUCAAACCUAGUGCAGAACCCUCUACAGGGCAUGAUGAACUCUGAUGGCCGAGAAUGCCUGGAUGGAGGGCAGGAGGGCUGGGCAUCUGCAGGGCCACUUGGUGGGACUUUGGGUUUGUAGGGGUCCUCAAGUGCCUUUGUUAUUAAAGAAUGUUGGUCUGUG